AUGGCAUUCAAGGGCAAGAGCGAUGACGAGAUGAAUACGGAUCGUUUAACACAAUGUCUUGACGACAUCAUGCGAGCAGCCACUGAAAUGAUGGUACAGCAGCAGUUAAAGACCAUACAGUUAAAUUCAGAUGUUGCAGCGGGGUUCAGGAAGAAUUUUUCGAAGUCUCUUGGUGAUAAGGUACGUUUGUUUCAUUCUAUUCUGGACGGUGUUGAUACCACAUUAACAACGGCUUCACAAUACCUGGAAACUGUGGAUGAUGUAGCCCAUCGUAUGAAGCAAUGGAAGCUACGCCAGGAGGAGGAGUUAAGAAGGAAGCAGCAAGAGGAGCUUGAGAAAACCAAAAAGUUACAAGAGGAGAAAGCAGCGGCCCAGGUUGCAUUACUAGCUCCACAGCACCUUACGCAGCAAGCUCACCAUCAGUCUCCUGUUGAUUUAACUGGUGCAACGCCCAAUGGUCUUAUGGCCGACCUAGAGGCGACUAAUUUGGAAGGCCAAGAUAGCAAUAGGGGGGGCUCUAAAAAGCCAUUUAGUGCUGAUUUCGGUGACUUGAACGACAUGGACUUAUCUAUGUUUGGUGGCAUUGAUGGACAAGGCGAUUUUUCACUUGAUGAUUUUAACAUGGGUUCUGGUAGUGUACCUUCCAACAGUAAUAACGGCGAUACUGGUGAGAACAUCAAUGAACUAGAUAGUAAUAGCGGCAUCGGCAGCGCUGCUACUAGCAGUAGAAUAAUAACCAACAACAACGGCAACAACGGAAACAACGGCAACAACAACAACAACAACAACAACAACGUCAGCAACAGUAACAACAACAGUAACAACAACAGUAACAACAACAGUAACAACAGUAACAACAACAGUAACAACAACAGUAACAACAACAGUAACAAUAACAAUAAUAUCACCAAUACUAGCGAAAAGAAUAAUGGCAGAGGCUGCAUCACCCACAAUGAUAAUAAUAAUAUAGGCCUCAAUACUUCCAACACUAACAACAUUAAUGAACAAAAUGUUAAUAGUGGUUUACGAGCAGAUAUCGUUGAUCAAGAUACUAGACAGCCUGGCGCUCAAACUGGCAGUGGAAUUAAUCCUGAUGACUACUUGACAUUGAAUGAUUUCAAUGAUCUUGGUAUUGAUUGGAAUACUACUGGUGAUAACAAUGAACUUGACUUAAAUGAUUUCAACAUAUAA